GGCUCCAGCUGCUUUGUAUCACCCGGAGGGAUGUAGCCAUGAGCGAAUGGCUUGAAGAUUCCAAUGACUUACUGGAGGGCUUGCACAGUCUGGACAUCACCAGCUGCAAAGAGCACAUCCGGCAGCUGCAAUCGCGGCGGGAGCGGCGCCGGGAGCUGGUUGAGCGGCUCCAAGAGAAGCUGAAGGCGCUGAAUAAUGAGUUGGCGGCUCGCAAGGAAGAGGCGGACAGAUGCAAGAAGGAGUUGCUGGAGGAGCAGGCGGCGAACAGGCGGGUCGUGAGGACGAACCAGGUUGCGAUCCAGGGCGACCACCAGCGAGAGCAGGAGCUGGAGAUGCAGAGCUCCAACGUGCGCAGGUUCAUGGAGACCACCCUGCAGGAGCAGGUACAGCGCAGAAGCAUGCAGAACGAGCUUGGCAUCCGCGUCUACGACGAGGUGGAGCUCAUGGUCGAGAAGCCGGCGGAAGAGCAGGCGAUGGAGAGCAAAUACAUCGACACGGUGCUGGUCACCUACUGCAUCCCCAACUCGGAGCUGAAAUACAACCUGAGCUUUCGGGUUGACAAGGGGAUGAAGACAAAAAAGCUGCGGGAAGAUGCAUGCCUGUACUGGGGUUUGUCGGAAGUGGAGUUCAUCCUCAAGACGAUGAGCAACGCCAAAGUCCACGACGAGCUUACGAUACAGAGCUGCUUCAGAGAGAAUGAGGAUGCACAUUUUAGCUUGGUGCAGAAGACACCGAAAAACGCUAGCCUUAUGGAGAGAGAGCUCUUGCACAUUUUGCCAAGAGCAGGACGAAAAGCCCGGCGCACCGGCGCCAAGCAGUCCGAGAGCGCCAAGGGCGAGAACGCGAAAGCGGGGCCCAGCGCCGAGCUGGCGGAGCAGAUGGCGGCACUGCCGGGGCUGUUUCAGUACAUGACUCAGAGAGAUCAGAAAGUAGUCCAGCACCUCCAGCGCUUGAAGCUGCGGAACCUGUGCGUCUACUUGGCGGUCUUUAUCAUGACCAUUUGGGAUAUCUAUAUGGUCAUACCGCCCGAUAAGAGCUUCAAUGUUCGAGAAGGCAUCGUGCAGCUCAUGACGGAAGGAGAUGGCCGAGGGGUCGGAUUUGAUGAUAUCCGGACGCAGAGCCAGGUGUGGCUUUGGCUUGGGGACACCGUUUCUGACCAGCUUUUCAUUCCUGCCUCGGCCUUGCGGAGCUACAAUGCGCCGGUUGGCUACAUGCAGGUGUUGCUGCAGGAUGUGCAGCCCGCCAGCGCCGCGCAGUGCCCGCAGGGGAGCUGGAGCCCGCUGCCCACGAACGUGGACUGCCUGGCGACACGCUACUGGGACUUGACUGCAGACACCGCAACGAGAGAAAACAUCACGGCCUACUUUGCGGGGCUAGCAGGUCUGGAUGGUCGUUACACGGGCAGCACCCCGGGGACGUAUGGCGAUGCGAGGAGCACAUCCGCAGCAGGUGAGGCCUCGUUCCCUGGGUACUUCUACGAUUUCGACGGCUCCGGUUUUAGUGUCGAGUACGACCUGCAGCAUUCGCCUUUGGCAGAUGUACGGGCCGCCUUCCAGCAGGACAUGCAGUUUUUGCAGGACGAGGAGUGGCUAAGUGCCCAGAGCAGGGCAAUCCACGUCAACUUCCUGCUGUACAAUGGGAACCACGACCAGUUCGUAUCCAACAGGUAUUCUUUCGAAAUGACGGCCGUCGGCACAGUGGAGCCCGUAGUCCAGGUGGCGGCUUUCAGGCCCGCGGUGGUGGAGUACGACAUGGGCUUGGAGUUGCUGCUGACCGACAUCAUCCGGCUUUGCCUGGUUCUGCUGAUCUGCCCGGUCCAGCUCAUUUCGGACUUCCUCUACGAGCGCCGCGUCAACGAAGCUGGCUGCAGACAUUGCAUCUCGCUGCAGGGUCUGGUUGACUGGGCCAUCGGAAUCCUGAGCUUCGUGAUGUUCGGGUUUCGGUAUCUGACCUUCAGCGCCCCUUCUGUGAACUUCUACGUGCAGCAUGUGCAGACUCCCAUGGACGCGGGGGAGCUAGCGGAGAUGUUCAACAUCCACCUCGCCGUGGACGCGUUGCUCUCAGCAUUGCUCAUGUACCGCUUCGUCUAUUUCCUCAGGGUCAACCGCCAUGUCUUCCUGAUGUGGUCCACUGUGGCCUCAUCCGUCUCAGUUGGUCUCAGGCUGGCUGUGAUCGUGAUUCCUUUGAUGGCGGGCCUGGUCCUCAUCAGCAUGGCUGUGGGCGCCGCCCUCGACGAGAAGAACAGGACUUUUUGGUCCGCCAUGGUCCGGGUACUGCUCAUGGUCUACGGGGACAAUGACACCAUCCAGGAUUUCGACCCCAAUAACUCUUGGCAGUUGGCCUUCAACGUGAUCCUAGUGUUUACGUUCAAGCUUGUUUUCGUGAACAGCUGGAUUGCAGUGCUCAUCCACCAGUACCAGCGGACACGCGUCUCAGCGGGCUACUCCACCAAGAAGUACCGAUGGAAGGAGUACAAUUUCGUUGUGUGGAGCCUUGCCUGGCCCUUCCGGAAUCUGUACCUCAACUUUUUGAGGCCUCGCAUCGAAAUGCCGCCAAAAGACUCUGCGGAGGAGUGAAUGCGAGCAAAGUCUGGCUGCGUAGCGGUUGUAUUUGUAGCUGACCUUGAUCCUUGCUGUCGCAAUCCUUGCUACUGGUUAGAC